AUGUUCUGGCCGGCCUUGCUUUCGAUCGGGCUGUUUCUCACCAGAGAGCAUGCCGCGAGUGCCCCUGCCGCGAACCUGACAACUCGAGAUACCAGCGUCCCUCGCGGUGCCAUCAUCAACCACUGCAUCGUUCCGGGCGUCGUUGCGCUCACAUUCGACGACGGCCCAUUCAUCUACACGGAGCAUGUGUUGGACCUAUUGGAUGAGUACGACGCCAAAGCCACCUUCUUCAUCAACGGCGAGAACUGGUCACGAGCCAUCAACGACUUCUCCACGCCCUGGCCCGGGAUUCUGAGGCGGAUGGACGCUGCUGGCCAUCAGAUCGGCUCCCACACAUGGGGCCACGCCGACCUCUCGGUUGCCGAUCACGACACGCGCGAGAACCAGAUCGUGCAACUCGAGAAGGCGCUCUUCCAUGUCAUUGGCAAAGCCCCUACCUACCUUCGACCCCCCUACGCUUCGUGCACGUGGGAAUGCCUGGACCACACAGCGCGGCUGGGCUAUCAUGUGGUCAACUUCGAUGUCGAUCCCAAGGACUACAUGCACAACGACCCCGACGACAUCGGGGUAGCUAUGGAGAACUUUACCCGGCUGCUGGAUGAGAAUCGAUGGGGAUUGGAUUCGUUCCUGGUGCUCAGCCACGACUCGCUCCGGAACACGGCCGACUCCCUGGUCCCUUACAUGCUCAUGGAGAUCAAGCAGAGGGGUUACAGGGCCGUGACGGUGGGCGAGUGUCUAGGCGACCCGGCUGAGAACUGGUACUGGCAUACGUGA